AUUGACUUUGAACAGUAGAGUAGAUGAGGAGCUCGCCUCUUAAUUUCUUCCAGCCAAAUUGUCCUGAGAGAGUUCUCAUCUGAGAAUUUUGGGCAGCAUCUAUGUAUGUAUGGCUACUGAGUUUGGAGCCUCUGUUUCCAAUAAACGAAGGAGGGACAGUGGAUCCAGCUCUGUUUUUCAUAAGCGAUGGAGGCACGAUGUCUCUGGGUCUUAUUCUCACAAGGGAUGGACGUACGACGUCUUCCUAAGCUUCCGAGGUGAAGACACACGCCGGUCCUUCACCAGCCACCUCUUCCAUUGCUUGGAGGAGAAAGGAGUCAAUGCGUUCAUAGAUAACAGUCUUCCGAGAGGCGAAGACAUAUCAUCACAGCUCAUAGACACAAUCAGGAGCUCCCGGAUCUCAGUGGUGGUCCUCUCGAGAAACUAUGCCAACUCAAGUUGGUGUCUCCAGGAACUCUCUGAGAUCAUGGAGUGUAGGAAUAAGUCCCUUAGGCAGAUGGUCCUGCCUGUGUUUUACGAUGUCGAUCCUUCAGAUGUUCGGAAGCAGGCCGGUUGCUUUGGAGAAGCAUUUGCUAAGCAUGAAGAGGACAAAGAUAAGGAGACCGUUGCUCGGUGGAGGGCUGCUCUCACUGAAGUUGGAAGUCUAUCCGGCUGGGAUCUGACAAACUCUGCCAGCGGCACAGAGGCGAAGAUUGUGAAGGAGAUUGCUCGUAGAAUAUGCAAUGAACUUAAUAACGCAUAUCUAGAUGUUGCAAAAGACCCUGUCGGCCUUAGAUCUCGAAUGAUCCGUGUGAAUGAACAAGUAAAUGACCCCUCUGAUUAUGUUCGCUUUAUCGUGAUUUGGGGGAUGGGAGGUAUCGGGAAGACGACUCUUGCUAAAGCGGUUUUCAAUCAGUUCUUCCACGGUUUUGAAGCUAAAUGUUUUCUGGCCAACAUUAGAGAAAAUUCGGAGCAGCCUAAUGGUCUGGUCCAUCUACAAGAGCAGCUUCUUCAUGAUAUUCUCAGGUUUCAGAAGAUAGAAGUAGGAAAUAUUGACAGGGGAAUCAAUGUAAUCAAGGAAAGACUGAAGAGCAGAAGGGUUUUGGUGGUUCUUGAUGAUGUAAGCCAUCGAGACCAGUUGAAGGCACUUGCAAGAGAGCGUGAAUGGUUCGGUCCCGGCAGUAGAAUCAUCAUAACAACUAGAAACCAGGACUCGGCAAAAGAGAUUAAUGCGGACUGUAUUUAUAAGCUUCCGCCGCUAAAUGAUCAUGAAUCUAGACAACUAUUUAAGCAAUACGCCUUUCGAAAUUGUGAUCCCAGUGCAGAAUUUUUUGAGCUAACAAAAGACGUUGUAAGUUACUGUGAGGGCCUACCUUUGGCACUUGAAGUAUUGGGUUCUUAUUUGCUUGAGCUAAGUGUGGAAGAUUGGAAGAGUGCACUUCAUCAACUAAGACGAAUCCCUCACGGCGACAUACAAAAGAAACUUGAAAUAAGCUAUCAUGCGCUUGGGAGUGAAGAUGAUAAGAAAUUAUUCCUUGACAUCGCUUGCUUCUUUGUUGGUUGGGAUAAGAAUCUUGUGGUCAAGGUAUUGGAGGCUUGUGACUUAUUUGUUGGGCUAGGGCUUGAUGUCCUCUCCAGGAGGAGCCUUGUCAAAAUCACCUACAAUAACAAACUGGAAAUGCAUGAGUUGAUUCGGGACAUGGGGAGGGAAAUUGUUCGCAGAGAGUCUCCGCAUAACCCGGGAAAACGGAGCAGAUUAUUCUCCCAGAAUGACGUCCUUGCCACACUUCGAAACCACUCUGGUACGGAACAGGUUGAAGGACUUGUGUCUAAUUAUUAUUUGAAGUUGGCUGAGAAAGUGGAUGCCAAAGCAUUUGAAAGGAUGAGGUUAUUAAGAUUGCUAGAGCUCAACAACAUACAUGUUGAUGGAGACUAUGGACUCUUUUCAAAAGAGCUAAGAUGGCUCUGUUGGCAUGGAUUUCCUUUAGACUUCUUACCAGAUGAACUCUACCUGGGAAACUUGGUUGUUCUCGAUAUGCAAUAUAGCAAGCUUCCAUCGACCUGGAAAACUAAUUCCAAGGAGAUGCCUCGCUUGAAGGUGCUUAAUCUUAGUUACUCUCAUUUCCUGACCAAGACUCCCGACUUCUCGGGCCUCUCGAAGCUCGAGGAGCUGAUUAUGGAGGACUGCAAAGAGUUGAAAGAAAUUGAUAGAUCCAUAGGUUGUCUCAAGGGACUUCUUUUGAUGAAUUUGAAAGACUGCGAGAAGCUUAAAAGUAUACCGCACAGCAUUUGCAAAGUGAGAUCUCUGCAAGUUCUGGACAUUCGAGGCUGUUCAAACCUCAUGAGGUUACCGGAUGACUUUGGUAACUUGGAAUCUCUGAUAGAACUUCGAGCUGAUGGAGCUCUUAUAAUGCAAUCUCCUAUAAGUUUCGCUAACUUGAAGAACCUAUCAAAGCUAUCUUUAUGCGGGUAUAAUAGACGGAGAUCCAGCUCCAUUUCUGCACUCCUAUGGUCAUGGAUAUCGAAGAGGGAAGCCCCCAAGGAGAAUAAUUGGCUGAUUGCUUCAGUAUGUGGACUAAGGUCAUUGACCGACCUGAGAUUAAUGGACUGCAACAUAUCAGAUGAUGCUAAUCUAGAGGGCAUUGGGAGCUUGCAGUCCCUAAGACGCUUCCACCUUUCUGGAAGUCAUCUUCGCUCUCUCCCAGGCUCAAUCAGCGCUCUCUCUAAUCUCCAACAUUUUAAGGUGGGUUGCUGCCCAAAGCUGGAGUCACUCCCAGAUCUGCCCCAAAAGAUAAAAACUGUAGUUGUAAGUCGCUGUGAAUCCUUCAGAAAAAUCUCUCUGCCAAAUACUCAAGUUCAAACUGGUAUGUAUUUCUGGGAUUGUCCUAGACUGGCAGAGAUUUCUCACUCUGGAGAGUUGAAUCCUUUUUACCUGCUAAAUUUUAAAGGGUGCCACAAACAGCUGUCAGCCAAGUUGAAUGAGCUUAUUCUAAAGUCUUGGCGGGGGACCGAGCUAUUUGUACCCGGGAGCAACAUUCCCGAGUGGUUUGAGUAUCAGAGCACUGGCCCCUCAAUAUUUUUUCAGUUGCCUGCAUGUCAUAGUUGUAAGCUGAACAGAAUCUUUGUCUCAUACAUUAUAUGCAACCGCAUUACUACCAAGGAAAUAAUUGGUUAUUCGAGACUGUUCAACACAACAAGGGGAAAGAGUAAAUGGUCGCGCUUAGGUUGUUUACUCCCAUUUACAAAUCAUAUCAGCAUAUUUUCCAUUGCACCCGAGGAAAUCAUGGAAGUCUAUGAGGGAAUUGAGGUGGUGUUGGAUGUAGAGCCUCAUCCUCAUCUGAUGAUCAGGGCAAUCGGGAUUCACUUGGAAGUAGAGAAGUGCCCAAGUUGUAGUGGUAUCUAUAUUGAUGAUGUUGAAGCGGGUCCAAGUCAUGGUGACUCUCACGACGAGUACCCACAAGAGAUUGAGAAAGAGCCCACCACAAAGAUAACUGCUGGAGAGCAAUGGCUGUUAAGAUAUUACCUAGUUGGAGUGACGGCCCGUCCAAUCCUUGUGCCCAGUUAAAGAGAGCUUAAUCCAUUGGAGAAUUAUGCCGAUAUGAAUGUUUUCUAGUAGUGAGAUCUAAAUCACCAAUUGCCCAUCGGUUCUUAUCCAUUGCAUCAUCAGAUGGAGCAUCGAGCAGAAUGUCAUUUGAACUGUCGAGUGCAUGCAAGUAUGGGAGCAGCGAGGAGACCAGGACAAAGAGCAACAAGCCAGAAGGAAAGUGCAGGAGCACAAGCCUCAAUUGCAGACCAUGUUGGUGGUGGUUGGGUCUAUAGAUCGUCAGGUCUAUAGCCUCUGGGGCCGUUAAGAUAUUUUAUACCAUAGUAAGGUGUAACUCGGAUAAAUUCUCUGCUGUGAACUGAAAUUUUUGUUGCAUUUGGUUCUUAGCUGAUAAUUCAUACGAUGCUAUACGGCUGCGGUUUGCCAAAACAGAGAAAACAUCUACUAGAAGAUGGUGCAAUGAUGAUCACUUGCACAUUAAUUGUUGUCUUAUUCAGUGGUGCUAAAUUCAUGUGCUCGUAACUCGGUUUUGUUUUUGCCUGCA